UUUCAGGAAGUGAAUCGAUUCUGCUCUGUUGGAAAGGAAAGCAUGACAGAAAAUACGGACAUAUACUUUGAAAUUAAAGGUCUUUAAGAGUACCAGACAUGGAGAACUUGAGUCUUAUUUUACUUUGCGUGUUGUUGGGUUUAACGACGAGGUGGGCUGUGUCUAUUAACUCUUAUUCAGGUGCAGGUAAACCGCCAAUGUUUGGAGACUAUGAAGCACAGAGACACUGGCAAGAAGUGACUUACAAUCUACCUGUUCAUGAAUGGUACUUUAAUACUACAAAUAAUGAUUUGAACUAUUGGGGUCUUGACUAUCCUCCUCUGACAGCCUAUCAUAGUUUAAUAUGUGCAUAUGUAGCAAAACUGCUUAAUCCUGAAUGGGUGGAAUUGCAUGCAUCUAGAGGCUAUGAAAGCCACUCUCAUAAGUUGUUCAUGAGGGCAACUGUUCUAUUUGCAGAUAUUUUGAUCUACAUUCCAGCAGUUUUGCUUUACUGCUUUUACUUUUGCGAUGGGUCACCAAACAAAAAGGUUGCCACAGCCCUCUGCAUCCUUCUAUAUCCAGGACUAAUACUGAUUGACUAUGGCCAUUUUCAAUAUAACAGUGUUAGCCUGGGUCUUGCCCUUUGGGGCAUUUUGGGUCUUGGUUUGGGCUGGGACCUGUUUGGCUCCUUGGCUUUCACCCUAGCCCUCAAUUAUAAGCAAAUGGAAUUGUACCACUCACUGCCUUUCUUCUGCUACCUCCUGGGAAAGUGUAUCAGACAGGGUUUGACUGGUCGAGGAUUUUUACUGUUGGUCAAGAUCUCAUUGACUGUUCUUGUGACCUUUGCCCUCUGCUGGCUGCCCUUUUUGUCUGACCCACAACAACCUGUGCAGAUUCUUCAUCGUCUUUUCCCCGUUGACCGUGGACUGUUUGAGGAUAAAGUGGCUAACACAUGGUGCAGCUUGAAUGUGCUGAUAAAGAUCAAGACCCUGCUGUCCAGAGAGACUCAGCUGUUCCUCAGUCUUGCUCUCACUCUUUUGUUCGUCCUGCCUUCAUCAAUAAAACUGUUGUUCAGACCGACUCUGUGGCAGUUCAAGCUCGCAUUGGCAAACUCCUCCCUGGCGUUCUUCCUAUUCUCCUUCCAAGUACAUGAGAAGUCCAUACUUCUAGCAGCCUUACCAGUUUGCCUCAUCAUCAACGAAAUACCUCUGAUUGCCAUUUGGUUUUCUCUAACGUCAACUUUCAGCAUGCUCCCCCUGCUGUUGAAGGACGGUCUGUUGCUGCCUUACAUAGUGACCUCAUUGGCUUUCCUCUUUCUGAGCAUGUAUCUGCUCUUUGCUUUAGAGAGAAGUACAGAUGAAGAGCUAAGGCUGGGCGUCUUUCGCAAACUCAGUCAGUACUGUCUGCCCAAACUCAAACUUGGACCGAUCUUUAAAUGCAAAUUUUGGAUUUCACUACUGGCCAUGGCUGGUUUGAGCUUUGCGAGUGUUUGCUUGGAGCCCCCAGCUAGGUUGCCCGAUCUGUUUCCAGUGCUGGUAUCUGUCCUCUCCUUUCUACACUUUCUGGGCUUUGCCAUAUAUUUCAACUUAAUCCAGUUGUCAGAGCCACAGAGGAAAAAAGGUCAAAAGAAAACGAACUAAAACUGUCUCGAAGACGUUGGGUGUCAAAAGACAACCACGACCGGUGCUGUAAAACAUGAGAGAAGUAAACAGGAUGGGAGUCGUUUGGGAAAAUUCAAUUUCCAUGUAAUGAGGUUUGCUGAACUUGUUGAGAAACGUGAAAGGAGAUACAGUUCUGCCAGACUACUUCUCACUUGUAUGCUUGAGAGACAAAUUCAGUUAGUUAAGUUAGGAUGAUGGUAUUGUGUAAAUGAACAGGCAAUAAGGGACCAUUUGUGCUGACAUUAUUUUUAUUAAAAUUUUUGAUACAUCAUUGAAUGUUUUUGUACCAAAUGAAAAAGUCUUUGUUUUGUUUCUUUAUAAGUGUAUAAGCUUUUCUAAUGACCCAACGUUGGUGUUGAAAAAAGGUCAUGCCAAAUAAAC